AUGAAGAAAAACACGAGAAAGGAAAGGGCUCUUUCGAAACAAACAGGAAAAGAAUACGUAAGAAAAGAUGGUCAAUUAGUGCCAGAAAAAUCAAUUCAACCUAAUCCAUGUAAGGGUAAGAAAUGUGGGAACAAUUGUGAAAACGUAACCGAAGAAAAAAGGCAACAAGUAUUUAAACAUUUUUGGACGCUUACCCCUGAACGCCGUAGAGACUGGUUGGUUGGCAUGACUGACAAAGGAAACGUUAAACGUAAACGUAGUAGUUCAGAAUUGCGCAGUUACACAUAUAAGUAUUGCAUUACUGAUGGUGAAGGAAAAAGAUCUGUAUGCUUACAGUUUUUGGCAGCAACAUUAGAUAUUUCACAAAAGUGUAUAUAUUACACGGUAAAAAAUGCUUCCUCGGGAAGUGCUAAAGAAUACUUGCGAGGAAAAUGUGAACCACACAACAAAACCAAACCUAGUACUAAAGAGUCUGCCGUCAAUUUCAUCAAAAGCCUACCAGCCGUCCCCUCACAUUAUUGCCGUCAUGAUUCUACCCGGGUUUACUUGCCGCAGGAAUACAAAAAUAUUGCACACGUAUACAGCGUUUACAAAGAACGCAACGUGAAAGCUGGCAUAGACAUAGUUAGUGACAAGAUUUUCCGGAAAAUAUUUAGCGAAGAAUUUAAUAUAUCAUUUCAUGUCUCUAAAAAAGACAAGUGCCUGAAAUGUUUACAGUUGCAACAUGCAGAUCUCAGCGAUCCAAAAAAAAAAGAAAGAAAAGGAAGAUCAUGA